GCUUUGACUGAGCUUCUUGAACUGACGGAGCAGAUCUCGGGCCCUCGAGUCAUACCGUACAGGAGGCUCUAUUUUGAGAGUCAAACUUUGGCGCUGAGUGACAUGAAGCAGCGGCUGGAGAGAAGAGAUGAUCAGGCGCCUCGGAAAAUGUGCCUGCCCGAGCGGGUUCAGCGUUUGAAGUUGGCCCGAGAUGAGCUGACAGGAAUCACCAUUGACGCGGCGUUCGAGCCGUCUCAUCGGCUCACUGACAUUUGUCUUCAGCAGUGUGAGGACCAAUCUAUUUCCUACAUCGAGCUGCACGACUGUACAAGCAGGGAGUGGGAAAUAAGCAACAGGAAGCGUGAUUCGGCUAUUGAGUUUCAAGUUGAUGGCACGCUCAGGAUGACGAAGAAGGAGCAGCGAGUUCAUCACGAGCCGACCGGAGAGCACAAGAUCCGCACUGCCAUGCUGAGGAGGGCUCUGGCUUACCACUUGGUGGGCGCUGCAUCGUAUCAGGUUUUGGAACGAGCGAUUACGAAACUCUUCUCUUACCUGAGCCGCGAACCUGUUCGGGGAUUCAGAGCCGUCUCUUUGCAGCAGAUUGUAUUUGCAGAGAAACAGAUGUGGAUUGAGGCUUCGUUGGCAACGGUGGGAAAGGUCCUAGACACUGCCGCGCCUAAGCCUCUGAACGAGGCGAUUACUGCCGCCAUGGACUCCCCGGAGGUGACGCAGGGCGAGGGGCUCAGCGUCCGAAUUCAGUGCUAUGAGUUUCACUUACCGUUUGAUUGGCGGCAGAUGAAGCCAGUGGAUUGGAGUCAGCCGGUGGACCAACUUUUUGCAGUAGAGUUGUUCGCGGGCACCGCCGGUCUGUCGGCUGAGAUGCAACGCCAACAUUUUCAGGUUUUGCCCAUUGACCACAGCAGGUCCCGAGGGCCUAAGGUCAAGUUAGUGCUUCUGGACGUGACCAAGCCGCAGCAGUUUCAGAUUUUAUUGCAGUUGCUCAUGACGGCCAACAUUGCAUAUUUCCAUGCGGCUCCGCCCUGUGGUUUCGCUGGCGAGAAGCGGGCGGCCCGGGCCUGGGCCAUUGUCUCGAUGCCCCCUCUGGUGUCAGAAUUUGCCAUGAUUGCGGAUGUGGAGCUCGACUCAGCAGCUCAGGGAGCUCGGCACCCUGUCGAUGUGGUUCGCCUCGUCCCAGAUCAGCUUACAAACAGCGUCUUGCAAGUGUUGAGGAUGGGGCCUAAGCUCACCAACUUGAAGAGGCGUUUGAGCCUGGCGAAGAUCAAGCGGCUGAGGAUCCAACUGGCUGCCGAAGAAGUCAGACUGCAUGCGAAGUUGGAUCCGGACGUGGAAUGCAUUUUGCAGGGCAAGAACUUGUUAUUGUGGAAGAAGCUGCUUGAGGAGUCUGGAUACAAGGACCUUUCAAUUUGGGAUGAAGUUGUUCGAGGUGUCAAGAUGACGGGGCCGGCAAGCUUGUCCGAGGAGAUGCCUCAUGGAUACCAAGUGCCGAACAUGUCCGAGCGCGAAGUUCAAGCCAAGGAACGUGACCCUGAGCUUGAUGCUGAGCUGUGGAAACAGACUCUGCUGGAGGUCGAGAAGGGUUGGUUGCAAGGGCCGUUCUCCGAAGAGGAGGUGACCGCGCUGGUGGGGACAUCCAGCUGGCUGGCAACACGGAGGUUCCCUUUGAGGCAAAAGACGAAGGUCCGUAUCAUAGACGAUGGGCUGGAGUCUGGCUUGAAUGCUUCAUAUUCGACCCCGAAUAAGCUGCGGUUGCACGACCUGGACACUUUGACGGCGCUGCUCAUUCGAAGGUGCCUGGCAGGGAAGGGACGGCAGACAGUUGCUAUGGCAGAUGGCUCGCUGCGAACGGCAGAGCUGGCAGCUGACUGGCCGGCCGAGGUAGAUCUGCUGGGAAGAUGCCUGGACUUGACAGACGCCUACAAACAACUCGCGGUGGACCCCAAGGAGGCCUGGAGCCGCGUUUUGGUGGCCUAUGAUCCUGAGAGAAAGGAGCCCAGGUUUUUCUUGACGCGGGCUCUGAUGUUCGGGAGCUCGGCCAGCGUUUACUCGUUCAACAGGGUGUCGAGAAGCCUUUGGCAUCUGGGACAGUUUUUCUUGUGGCAAUGGAGCACAAACUACUACGAUGAUUAUCCCUCUAUAGAGACGCGUGAGACGGCGGGCUCGGCCAGGGAGACCAUGGAGGGAUUGCUAGAAGAGCUUGGAUGGCGUUUUGCAAAAGAGGGCAAGAAGGCAAAACCUUACUGCGACUCCUUUGAGGUGCUGGGCGUUGUGUGCUCUUUGAGGGGCACCUCGGUUUCCUUGGCCAACAAACCCAGCCGUGUGGAGGCGAUAGUCGCGAACAGUGAGGCGUGGGUGCGAUCAGGUUGGAUAAGCCCUGGAGAAGCAGCGUCAAUGCAUGGAGUCUUGAAUUUUGCCAAGGGACACUUUCAAGGGCGAGCGUUGGAGCCUGCGGCGAAGUUUCUUAGCCAGAUAGCUGCGGGGGGUUGCAAGGAGGCGGACAGGGAGUUGCUGCCCGAGGUCGUUUCGUAUCUGCAUGCUGUUGUGAGAGGCUCGCGCCCCAGGGAGUUUGGCAUUCAUGAUGACUGCAGGCCUAUGCUAGUUUUCACUGAUGGUGCGUUUGAACCGGAUGCUGAGCAGAAGUAUGGGGCAGGAGCGGUGUUGUGGGACACCGCCAGCCAGAGGGGUUCUUCGCACAGCGUGGUGGUGCCUCCGGAUCUGGUGGCUGCUUGGCAAAGUGCGGGCAAACGCCAACUCAUUAGCGAACUGGAAAUGCUGCCAGUGCUUUCAGUGUGUGAGUCGGCUGCAGACAUGCUGUGGAGAAGACGAGUGCUCCUUUUUUGCGACAACAACGGUGUUAGGCAGAUGCUGGCCAAAGGCAAUACCCCUUGCCCGGGACUGUUUGCCAUGCUGGCCCUCGUUCACAGAGCGCUGGCCAAGGCGGAGUGCUUGCCGUGGUUUUGCAGAGUGCCUUCAAAGUCAAAUCCCGCCGACGGGCCUUCGAGAAACUAUUGGCAAGAUGAGGUUUGCGCUGCCCAGUGCCUGAGAGGGCCGGAUUUCACAAUACCGCCUGCCUUAGUCAGCGCACUGCUGUCCAGGCAGACUUUUCUGAGUUUCCUGAAUGCAGAGUCGACUCUGUGA